AUGGGGCGAGAUCGUGACCAACAAGAGAACGAAGUUGAACCACAGGAAUACGAAGAAGCUGAAUACGAUGUAGACAAUGACGAGCUCUUCAGAGAUGCAGACGGAGACGCAGAGACUGUCGACAUGGAAAAUGAUGAUCCUAUUAUGGGUGUCGUACCCAAGCUGAAGGAAGAUAAUAAAAAAGGCAAGAAGGAAAUUAAAUAAGCUUAUGAAUGAUUUUGAAAAUGAAGAAGAAAAGGUAUAUGAUAAGUACACUGAAGCACCAGAUUUCGAACAAGACCAUUUGGGUAUGGAGAAAGUUAACCUGGAACAACUUAAUGAAGAAGAGAAACUUAUUGAAAGAUCUAGGCUCAAAGAGCAAAGACAUCUAAUGGAAGAGUAUGAAGAUGAUAGAAUGGACCUUCUUAAUACGGAGCGUAAAGAGGAAGACAAAAUGAAAUACGCUAGUUCAGUCAUGGCAAAUCAACUUCUGCUUGAAGAAAACAGAGCUACUAUAGAAGUCAGGGAGAAUGAAGCCAGAACAUUCAGACAGUUCGCUAAAAAGGAAGAACAUAUGAAGGUUAAGAUAUUUAAGGAUGAAGGUGAAUUAGUAAACAUGAAGAAACACCUUAGAUUCAGCAAGCAUAAAGCCAAAAGCCAUCUUUUUGGAGGAUCCAGAGAUAAGGUACUAAGCUUAAGAUGGAACCAGACACCAACUCCUCUUGAGGUGAAAAUUUUGAUGGCUAGGAAGGUCAAUGAAAAGCUAGAGAGAGCUCAUUACGCUUUGAACGUUACAAUAAUGGAUGGCUUUGGAGGAAACGAAAUAUUUUUCAAAUUCUCAAAAGAUAUUAUAAAUGAUGACUACAGAGACAAGCUCAUUCAUAUGAUCCGAAGAGAAGAAAGAGAACAUGAGAGUAAAGAUGAGAGCAAAAAUGACUCAGAUAGCUCGAGUGAGAUAAACUCAGACAGUGAUAGAGUUCCUAAAAGAAGACUUCAAGCACCAAAGGAGGCUGAUGACGGACCGGGAAGACUCGAAUUUUUGAAACAAACUUUGAAAAGAUUGGAAAAUAACAAUGAAAAUUUCAUGGAUAAAAGUGAAGGUGACUUUGAUGAUGUCUCACUUAACUCUUUCCUUAUGCCUGAUGUUGAGCACAAAAGAAGGAAGAGAGCUGACUUCCACAUUGAUGACACUGUUAAUAAGCAAGGUGAUACAACAAUGAAGAAGAAUAUGAUUAAUGAGUUUAAACAAGUUCUUCUCAAUUUUCAGAAAAAUUUCUCAAGCUUACAAAAUUUCGAUCAGCCUCUUGAAGAUGAGGAGUUACAGUUUGAGAAUAAAAUUUAUUUCAUGGUUCCUCAUGAGCACAUCAUCGAACCUUCCUAUAUCAUAAUGUUUGAAUUAAUCUUGCUUGAUGAGAAGCUGUCCUCUACAAGUGACAGAGUUGUUGCCUGGGGUGCAUAUCCUCUGAUCAACAGAGGAAAGUUCAAAGUUCCAUUAAUUCGUGGAAAAUACGAUCCAAAUGUAGACAAGUUUAAAGAUAUUGAAGGAAAAUACAUGAAAAAUAUCGAUGAAUGGGUCUGAAACCUCUAUUUUGAACUUAGAGAUAUCAAACUUGUAGAAUGUGCUGGGCAUAAAGAGUUCAUGGAAUUUCCAAUCCCCUCAGAGAUCCAAGCCUACCUCGAAGGAAAAAUCAAUGAGAAAGAGCUUGACAAUAUUUAUCAAAAGAGACAAAUGCUAGGAGGUGUUGAAGGUGAGGGAGAAGGAGAUCAAGAUAGCAGUGAAGAAGAGAAAGGUGAAGAAGAGCACAUGAACCAGAGCCAAAGCCAAAACCUCUCUGAAAAUGAGAUGAAAAAGCUAGUUAAAGGAGAGUUCAUCAUGAACGGAUCUGAUGAUAAUAUUGAUUCUGACUCAGAUCAAGAGUCCCAAUAUGAUAUCGAAGGAGAAGAAGAUGUCAUCCCAGAACUUGCUUCUUUAGAUUACAGAGAGUAUAAGUAUGGUAUUACAAAGAAACUACUUUUUGCUCAUGAUGAGGAGGAAGAGCUCAAGAACAUGAGGUAUAUCUUCAAAGAGCUGCUUCUUGAUAUUGGUAUUGGAAGAUUCACCAUUGGAUCUGCUCUCACAUCAAUAAUUAUAAUGUUCUUAGCCAUCUGGUUAAGAAUGUACAUCCAUUACUUGUUCCAAUAUAUCUUCUUGAAACUGAUAGAUGUGCCUGUAUCUGAAACCAAGAUCAUGCUUUACAGGAUUGUUAUAGAUUAUGGAUUUUGGAAUGUGUAUCAAGAAGUCAUUUCAGUUAUGUCAGGGCCCUUUGGCUGCACUCUAUUUUUCAGCAUUCUCAUCUUCUUGACUUACUUAGGACAUCAAUAUGUCGAGUUCUUCCCAAAAGUGUUCUCCAAAUUUGUUGUAUGGUUCGGCUUUGGGUCAAUGGGAGAUGGAAUUCUUAUUGCAAUUGUAGAUACCGCUAUUAGAAACAAGGAAGGUGAUUUUUAUAAGCUCCCUAAUUACUAUGAAAAGGCAGAAGAUUCACCAAUUGCUGGAUAUAUAGUGGUCACUGUAAUUUAUAUCUUCUUCAUAAUCUUGAAUGUGAUUAUAUUUUACAACUACAUUAUCUACCUACACAUGAAUGGAAAGCUACAGGAUAUUUACGCAAGACUCUCUGGAGAUCCAAAGGUAUUCUUCAUUCCUCAUGAUAAUGAGAUUUCACUGAGACAUCUUCUCUGGGCUUAUCACACUGCUAUAACUAACAGUCAAAGAAUUGUUGUUAACCAGAUUAAUGUUUUCAAUGAUUAUGGAGAACCAGGAAAAGUUACCACUCUUCAAACUUCGAUUUAUAAAACUAAAUCCUCACUAGAAAUUUCAAGAACCUUUAUUAGAGAUGAAAUAGGUUGUGUGAGAGAACUCACAGAAAAUGAAAUUUCAUACUGUAACGCUCGAGACAACCUUGAUUUAAUUAAGUUUUUCGAUCAAGUUCCUACUAAAGCUGGAAAAGACUUUCAUGAUAGGAUCGAAGGACUAGACGAACAUCUCAACCUUGCUGUGAGAGAUAUAGAAAAAGCAAAUCCAAACAUCAACAAAUAUGUUGAACCAGAGCGAGAUAGACAAAUGAAAUCUGAUAGAUCAUUCAAUAGAAAGAUGUCUAUGCCAAGAAGAAUGGCAUCUGCAAGAUCAAACAAAUCGAUCCUUCACCGUGCUGAGACAGCUAGAUCAAGAGCUAUAGCAAGAAGAAGUUCAAUUAGGUCAAAGAAAUCAAUAAUGACUCCAACCUCAAAGAGAGGUAAGAGAAAGACUUUAUUCAAGAGAAAGAAGACAGUGAAAGAUAUGGGUGAUAGCAAUGUUGACAUGAAGAGACAUAAGAGCCAUUUCCAAUCCAAAGCAGAUUUAAGAAACUCAGAUCUGAGCAAAGAUAGCAUGAAAUUCUUGUAA